AUGAUACUCAGGCCUGUCAGUCUCAUCGACUGCCUCGUCUUCGUCAUCUUCCUCGCUCCUCAGCUCAUUCUGCAUGUCGGCCUCAUCCGUACAGUCCUCGUCGCAGGCAGCUGCCUCCCUUUCCUAAUCUGCUACAAGGAGUAUGUGUCCGGAAAGGGACGAGAUCGGAUGAGAGGCAUAUGGGUCAUGCAUAGACCCGAGCAGCCUCCUGAUCUGGUGCUCUACUAUCUCCACGGUGGCGGCUUCGCCAUGGGUUCAGCCUACUUUUACUUGGAGUUCCUCAUGGUCUGGCACGCUCUUCUGCUCGAGGCUGGCUACAAGAAUCCCGCCAUCUUCGCUCUCGAGUACACACUCGUGCCUGACGACAUCUACCCUCGCCAGAUCCACGAGGCACUGAGCGGCUACCAGCACGUUCUUGACUACGCCAAAUCAGCAUCCAAGGUCUGCGUGGCCGGCGAUUCUGCCGGCGGCUGUAUAGUGUUGAGUCUACUUCAUGAACUCGGGAAUCAAAAGCGCACACAGAAAAAGCGCAGUGCAUCGCAGGGCGGCCUGGCGGGUCCGCAGCCCCUCACGCUGCCGCUGCCAUGUAUGGCCACGCUCAUCUCCCCAUGGGUGUCACUCAUGACGCAUCGCCACCGAGAGUCCAAGGUAGACUAUCUAGAUCGUACGACGCUGUGGAAGUACGCACACGAGUACGCUGGGGAAUCGAUGAUCAACCAGUACCCUGCCUCGCCAGGCUCAUGCAUAGAUGAUUCGCUUUGGCUGGCGGCAUGUCCGGAGAAAGGGUACCACGUCAUGUAUGGGGAGGAAGAGGUGUUUGCACCCGACAUUGAACACUUUCUCCAGGAGCAGCAGCGGCUCGGCCUCGAGGUUAGAGGGCAGAAAAUCGAGGCGGGCAUCCAUGCCUGGCCGGUUGCAUCGUUGUUCUUGUCGAGCACGAGGGAGAGGAGGCUCCAUGGUCUGCGAUGCAUUGUCAAUGAGAUUCACCGCAGAAUGGAUCGGCACGGGAUGAUGAACGGUAAUAAAAUGUCAGAUUAG